UCCAGCACACCCAACCUCAAGUUCAUCGUCGAAGGUCGCCCAGACGUAAUAGACGUGGUAGAGCCCAAACUCCCGGACUCCAUGCGCAGCCAGAUAUAUUUUGCCAAGCAUGACUUCAUGGAACCGCAGCCCACCGCCGCAGACAUCUUGAAAAAUGUCGUUACUACUUUGAAGCCAGGGGCGAGAAUAGCAAUCAUGGAGACGUUAUUGCCGCCGCUGGAUGCGACACCGAAGACGCUGGAGAAAUUCUCGAGGUAUGUGCGAUAUAGGAGAUGCUCCCCUCAUCCUUUGAUGUUUGAUGGAUUAACAUCUUGUGAUAGAUUAGGGGAUUUGGAGAUGACGGCGUUUGCUAAUGCGAAGGAGCGGAAUACUGAGUAG